UGUAAUUCUAGCUGAAGGAGUGGCCAAUAAAAAAACAGUAGAACUCAUCAUCAUCAUCAUCAUCACAAACUGGUGGCUGUGAAGAUAGCAAAAUAAACAAGGAAUUGCAAUGUCGCUAACAGCAACUGUGAGCAAGUUUGCUUCCUGCAAUGUACCUGUAGAUGGUAGAAGAGAGAGAAAAUCACGAACAACAACUGGGUUGAUGGAAAUUGGAAGGAGAGGCCUCCUCCUAUCAUCAACUGUGAUUGCAGCUUCCCAAGUCAAUGACUCUAAGACUGAGCUUCUUAACAGAUAUCGGAAGAAAUCAGAAGAAAACAAGGCCAAAAAUGAUAAGGAGGUAUGAAGACUUGGUUCGUGAUGUUCAUUAUUGUUUAGAUGAUGGUGGACUUGAAGGUUUUAAUUCUUAUAAAGGUUGGCUUGAAAUGACACUUGUAGCCUUAUUUGUCAAAAUGUGUAUAUUUAAUUCUAAAUAUGUAUUGUGUACAUGAGUACACUCUUUGUAAUGUAUUUGACAUGUUUGAGAUGAGGCCGGAGGCCAAUGAGAUGUAUUUUUUAUCUUAUGUAAUUUUUGACUUCAUGAAAUUUUAUGAAAAUAUUAAAAAAUGUCAAGUUAUUGUUUCA